UUAUUUGCUGGCCGCCUCCAAACCCUCGCGCUAAGCUCUACUAGGGUUUCAUUUUUUGGGGGAGCUGGUUAAGCUUUUAGUAGUUGGGAAAUUCAUCGUUGCCGGAAAAUGUCUCGGUGCUUGCCUUACACGCCUUCCGUGAAGGCAGUGAAUAGAGAGGCCUUGCUCGAACCGAUUAAGCUCCAGAGAAAAUUGGAGAAGAAAGCCAAGACACAUAGGAAGAAGGAGAAGAAAGAGAAGGGGGAGAAGAGAAAAUGGCAUAAAGAGGAUGAGUUAUCUACUUGCGCUGUUAUUUGGGGAGCGGAUGCAAUAGCAAGGGGCCCUCAAGUAGUAGAAUCAAAUCAACUGGAGAAAAGUGACAUUACCGAAGAACGGUUGUCUGAUAACAUUUGCUACUUGUCUGAUGGCAUCCAAAGUGGCACAAAGAGGAAAAGAACCAUCAUUCGCAUUAAAUCAUUGCCCAAGCGCAGUGAUGCAGAGUCCUCACAUGCCUCUUGUGCCGAGCAUACUUCUGGGAAGUCAGAUUUCCAAACAGAUCUAAAGAUGACAGAAAUUGUUCAUGCACCUAGUGCAGAGACAAAUGUAGAAUUUGAGGAAGCCACUUGUACUUCGGACCAAAAGGUGUCAACAUGUGAAGACCAUAGGGGUUUACUGCACCAGUCUUUGAUUGGUAAUUGGGUUCAACCUCUACUUCAGACAGCACACGACGAUUGUGGUGAUGAAGAUUGGCUUUUUGAGACGAAGCAGGAAAAUAAACGUGGUUUUGAAAGAUUCAAAGCUAGCAAUGAGGUGGUGUCCCGUUGUACAAGUCAGACGUUGUGGCCACAAGCACACUGGUUGCCUGAGCCUGGCUUAUCCGCACUACCCUUUACUGUUCCAUUUUAGUUUUUCUAGCUUCUUUUGUAUACAUGGGUGGCUUAUAUAGUAAUAGUAUAGCAUCGAGAGGACUAGAUUGAUUUGAUAUUAUUCUUGUAGAAGGCAUCAUCACCCACUUGAAAUCCUCUUGUAAUUGAAUUAUUUCACUUCUAUUCAAAGAAAUCAUCAUUAUAGUUC